UUUGCAGAUCUUUUCCAUUUCAUUCGGCUAAGCAGACAAGAAAACGAAGAAGAAGCUCUUGAGGAAAUGGCUAACUGCCCUCCACACUGGACCGGCGCCGCAUGUGACUGGCCAAUUUGUGUGCAUGGCCGGGCGAAUCCCGCUACAAAACUUUGCAAUUGCCACAACUAUUACUCGCCGCCGUUUUGUAUUUCGUGCUUGCCAGGCUAUUGGGGUGAAUCAUGUGACCGUCAGCCCUUGAAGGGAGUGACAUCUGCAAGCGAUUUUCCAAUUCGUAUUCCUCCAAUCUUAAUCAAGCCGAUCCUAAUCGCAAUCGCGAUAUUAAUUUUGCUGAUGGUGGUCAUUUUGAUUUACAGAGUCCGUAUCUACAUACAGAGCCGAAAACCGCCUCGUUAUGAUGAUAUCGCUAAGGAUCAGCCGCCUCCAUACUCUUCUUGAAUUAAAAAAUCUCUCUCUCAACAAAAACUUUUUUAACCUCCCUGUGCUUCAAUUCACUUUGUAUGCUUGUUACGAGUUAUUUUCUUACGAAUUCCCAUCGAAAUUUUUCUUAUAAAAAUCUACUGAAUUGAUUGUUUAAAAAUAUGUAAUAAAUGAACGUUUCAUUAGUCGAGAUUUGGAAUAACAAUAAAUUAGAUU